AUGGAACAAGUUAGGAGAACGUUCUUCGACCCCCUGGCCACGUCGAAGGACCAGGUUCGAGAGAUACUACAGAAACUUCCGGUCGGCUCUGCACACCCUUUCAGUCCCGAGCGACUUCUGCUUUGUCGGACGCACAACGGAAUUGAGGAAAUUGAUAUUUCUUCCCAUACGGAAGACUUCUUCUUCAAUGCAGUUGAUCUGGGCGAAAUGGGCGAGAUCCUUCUGGAGCGCAUGGCAGGCUUCGCUGAAUUGGAGAUAUUCAAGGACUUUCAAAUAAUGCAAGCAUCAAAUUUAACAUUCAAAGUCCCGAUAGUAUCUGGUGAAAUCGCAAUCUUGGCGGUCUCUAAAAGACGGCCCACAUACUAUGAUCUCUGCUUCGCAGAUGCAUCAUGCAAUGCGUGUUGCUGGAAAGCAAGAAGAAAAUUCCCGGGAAUCAUUCAUAGCGGCGACAUAACAAAAUCACAUAUCCUCCUACAUCAUAUCAGGAUAGACCAGCAAGACCUCACCGAGAAGGAACUCUGCGUGUUCAUAUCUGGCUACGAAUACACCCCGAUAACAAGUUUUCUGGGAACCAACCCUGCAUUACUUGUUGCAAAUCAUGUGGAAAAGGUUCUGUACAUCGUCCCGGUGCCCCUGGAUGCAGCAACAAUUGGAAAAGCAACUAUCUGUUGCCCACUGGUUAUAAAGCGUGAUGAAGACUUCCUGAUCUGCUCAAUCUUGCCAGCAGCGGCGACAGACAACGACAUAAGCUGUUUUGGUGACAGGUUGGAGAGUCAUUCCUUCUCCGAAGCGAUCCAGCGUGCCGACUUCGCCAUCUCUGCUCCUUCUCCUAGUGCCGCACAAAGUGAGUCCUCUCAAUAUCAACUCAACGGAUCCUUUGAUACUGAUACAUACGCAGAGAAAGCAAAUAUGGGGAAUUCAACCAAAGAGAAUGCCACAUCAAGCCUGGAAACCCGAAGCGAGAUUACCGAAGAAAUUGCCGUGUUUACCACCGAUUUAGCGAAUAUCCCUUCCUUCCUCGACCUUGAAAAGGCACAGCUCAUAAUUUUUGGGACUGGAAUUGAAUUCCAGCUACCAGGAAAAGAGCUUUCGAAGAAGACUGGGCCACCCGCUGUUGUUUUGCCAUGCAUAUUUGGUUCCCAACUACAAGGCCCAUUUCUGUUAGCAACCGGAACGGUCCCUUCAAAUGUUCCUUUUGCAAAUGAAUUUGAGAUUCUGGACUACUACAAGCAACUCAAGAAUGCCGUGGUGGUCGUCGAUGAUCGCAUGACAGAUAACGCCCGGAAUCUCGCGACGACCUACAGGAUCAAUGCACUCUUCAUCGUAAAACUUUGUCCCGAAAAUCAACCCAAAAAUAGCGAUGAUAUCCUGUUGUUGUUGAACUCAGCCAAUAUCAAUGCAGUGACAGCACUUGCAGGACCGCAAUCCUUGAUUCUGAUUCAAAUAUCCGAAAAGUAUUACUUUUACCGGGGACUUGCUAACCGGGCACAUAUCAACACGUCUAGAAUUGCAUUUGGUUCAGAUGUGACGGCUGUGCUCGAGUCUGUUGGUAUGGGAUCUAUAUUAGAUCCAAGGAUUGAGCGAAUAAUUACGCUCGGCGAUAAAAAUUCAAUCAUCUUGCCCACUUCAGGCCAGUUCGUUCAACCGCAGAAUCUCCAGAAGCUGUUCGAAGAGCUUUCAAUUGAUCAGAUCAAAGACCAAGAGGAGGAUAUAAUAGCAGCAGUUCCCCAAUUACAAAUGCUUUUGGAUGCGAAGGAUUUGCAAGAACUUUCCAAAGCCUUGGUGUUUGUCCUUUCAUCAAAGAUAAACAGCGCUACAGCAGAAUUGAAGACUACCUAUACGAGCUUUCUAACCAAGGGUUACAACACGACAGACCCAGAAUCUGCCAAAAAGAAGAACAAGAUGCUUGGGGAAUUGAGAAAAACUACCAAGGAUAUCCAAAUAGCCCUCGAGCCGCUGAUUUCGGCCCUGGCUAACAUGAUGUCUGCUCAGACGACUUCAAAGCGAACCCACGAUCUGAAGAGACUCGUCCGCCAAACGCAGAUUCAAGCUAAUGUUGAGGCUACCAAGUCCAUGACUUUCAAUACUCUUGCCGGCUAUCUCGAAACCUAUGCGGGAGAAAUGGGUGUCAUGCUGUUAAAUAUUGAAACAACAUCGUAUUCCGAGAUCUUGGGCAAUAUGAGAAACACCGUUAUCGACGCCAGUUCAUGCUGCAGUCUUGACUCCAGAAUUCUGCAUCUCGAAGGAUUUGAUGCAGGUAUCAUUCUAGAGCAGUCUCAGGCCCACCACGAUGGCCCACUUAGAAGCACAGAUGGACCGUCACACCCUAUUUUGGCGUUGCCGUACCUGAGCCAGGAAUCGGGAAGUGGAUCAAUGUUAGCUUGGGUCUGUUGGGACGAAUUCGUCAAUCUCAAAAGUCCUUACACUGUGAGAUGGAUGGAGAAGUGCAAUGAAGCGCACAUCGCCGCCCUAAGAAUCAUUAUGAGGUCUACUUUCAGCCGAGCAGUGGCGUCUAGAGACCUCAACAUUCAAUCCAACAGCACGGAAAGCGGCCAUCUCAUGAGCGCAUUGCUGAUGGCGGCCAUGUCGAAACUCGCUGCGAUGAGAACAACUGCGCCAGUCGUGUCGGAGAACGUCGAGGAUACCGUUACAAAAUUGAUGCGGGGACUCUUCGGCAAUUUGCUGACAAUCGCAGGGUCAGGAGUGCGCCCUCUAAGCAUGGUAUGGCAGCUAUUUGGUCUGAGUUCUCAAUUAGAUCUUCCCCAAACCGACGUGGACUGGAUUUGGUACGAAACCGUCGUCGCGUUGUAUCCUUACACCGAGUGGCCGCUCAGACAGUUCUACGAUAAUCUGGAGAAACUUCUUGACAAGGCCAUUGUCCGUGUGGUUACCAAGAACGAAAAUCAGGAUUGGGUGAAAGUGAGCCGAACAGUUAAAAUGGCCGAAUGCUGCAAGCUCCGAAACAUUCAACUCGACCAGUAUCGCAAAAUCAUCACCGUGCUUAUGCGAGCCUUCAAAGCUGAGGACACCAAUAUCGCUGCCAUUUCAGUUCGUCUGCUAGAGCGGCUUCCACAGUUGGACCGACAGAGUGAGGGCUUUACCUGCAUGAUCAGGUAUAUUCAGCAUCUUGCUAGGGGAGGUCAGCGACGUAUCCGCGACGACAUCGUUGCCGCCAACAUUUACACCUCGCGCUCAGCUACCUUUGCCGAGCUCAAGAUUAAAGUUAAACAAGCUUGCGAACACAAGGAAUGGAGCACGGUGAAGGAAUCCUGUCAGGCAAUUAUGGACAAGCACGCCGAAAUUGCCUCUUUCUGGCAUGUGGAGCCCGAAUCCGUGAAAGUGCAAAAUAUGAAGGUGUACAAGAGCCUUCUGGAUGCAGACUUCGGUGAUGAUGCCAGCGAAGCUACAGAGAUUAAAAUCCGCGAACUACAUAGCCAAGUCGUUAGCGAUGCAGAGACAUGGCGUGUUCCCUGGCAAGUUGGAAAGAAGAGCGAGUUCGGCAACGACAUCGAACCUCUUGAUGAGGGUUUCCUCCACGAGAUUCUGACAGGAGAAAACCACGAGUCCCCCGCCGCGGCCGAUUUCACGGGAGAAUCGGGAGCGGAGAUGAUUGCUUCAGUCGGAACAACAUCAUCUGAUGAAUUCACGCAGUUCACAUCGUCAGUGCGACUCAGUUUCAUCUCCACGAUGCAGAAGAAGAUUUCAGCUGAGGACGUUUGCCGUAUCGUUCAUGUUCCUGUUACUGCAAUGCGUGUGUUUAUCAAGGCUCUCAAUCCGGAGUUUGUGUGGGAAGACUUAGGCGAGAACUUCAAAGUGACGGUUCUGGGCCUGUUGGAAAAUCGUUCGAAUCGGAUAGAAAGUCGCCCUACUGCGAAGCUCUUAAGGUUAAAGAGCGAGGAGAAGAAGCUACAGAUCGAAGGGUGA